UGUAUAGACAUUAUACAUACAUUUUCAGUCAUUAACAUAAUUUUCAUUUAUUUCCCUAAUUUGUUCAGUCGUUUAGAUUGUGGCAACUUCACAGUAAUAACGUCAAGUGUGCAAUAGAAGUGGGAAGUUGGGAACAAGUCAAAAACUGCCAAAGUGCCAAUCCAAUCCUGCGGACGCACUGGUGGAGAGUGUAAUUUCAGUGUUUUAUUAAUCGAUCCAUUUCUAAGGCAUUUUUAUUUAUUUUAUAAAAUCGAUGUUGCCGUAAUUUAAUUAAUUGUGUAAUUGUUAUUUAAAUCCAAAUUGAUUGUGUAAAGUCCGGGAACCAUGGCUCACUGUAUGAGAGUUUUGCAUGGCCAGGGAACCAGGACACGAGCUGUGCUCUUGGAGAUCCAGCAAAGAUGCUUCAGCGUGUCCCCCCUCACCGCUGCGGCGGCCCAGGUUGCGAUGUCGAAGUUCGACCAGAGCCCACUGCCCUACGAGAAGCUGACCAAGAAUUUGGAAGUUGUGAAGAAGAGGUUAGGUCGUGACAUGACCUUGUCUGAGAAAGUGCUGUACUCUCACUUGGAUGACCCUAAAGGACAGCAAAUCGAGCGAGGCACAAGCUACUUGCGCCUGCGACCUGACAGGGUUGCCAUGCAAGAUGCCACCGCACAGAUGGCCAUGUUGCAGUUCAUCUCGUCAGGGCUGCCCCGCGUCGCCGUACCCUCCACCAUCCACUGCGACCACUUGAUUGAGGCGCAGAUCGGAGGUGACAAGGAUUUAGCCAGAGCUAAGGACAUCAACAAAGAGGUAUACAAGUUCUUGGAGACGGCGGGAGCUAAAUAUGGCGUCGGUUUCUGGAAACCAGGCUCCGGUAUUAUCCACCAGAUCAUCCUGGAGAACUACGCCUUCCCUGGACUGCUUAUGAUCGGAACUGACUCUCACACACCCAACGGGGGCGGUCUUGGUGGUCUUUGCAUUGGUGUGGGUGGUGCUGACGCCGUCGACGUGAUGGCCAGCAUCCCAUGGGAACUCAAGUGCCCCAAGGUCAUUGGUGUUAAGCUUACUGGUCAGCUGAAAGGCUGGACGAGCCCGAAGGACGUGAUCCUGAAGGUCGCCGGCAUCCUGACGGUGAAGGGAGGUACUGGUGCCAUCGUGGAGUACUUCGGCCCCGGUGUCGACUCCAUCUCCUGCACUGGUAUGGCCACCAUCUGCAACAUGGGUGCUGAGAUCGGAGCUACCACUAGCGUGUUUCCCUACAACAACCGUAUGGAAGCCUACCUGAAGUCGACUGGCCGCAGCGACAUCGCCGGACUAGCCAACAAGUACAAGCACCUCCUCACUCCCGACUCUAAGGCACCUUAUGACCAGGUUGUGGAAAUCGACCUGUCGACUCUGGAGCCGCACGUGAACGGUCCGUUCACUCCGGAUCUAGCGAACCCUAUCAGCAAGCUGGGCGACAUCGCCAAGAAGAACGACUGGCCCGUCGACAUCCGCGUCGGACUCAUCGGCUCCUGCACCAACUCCUCGUACGAAGACAUGGGACGCUGCGCCAGCAUCGUCAAGGAGGCGCUGAAGCACGGCGUUAAGUCGAAAGUUCCGUUCAACGUGACUCCUGGCUCGGAGCAGAUCCGCGCCACCAUCGAGCGGGACGGCAUCGCACAAACACUGCGAGAGUUUGGAGGCACUGUGUUGGCUAACGCGUGCGGGCCGUGCAUCGGUCAGUGGGACCGCAAGGACGUGAAGAAGGGCGAGAAGAACACAAUCGUGACGUCAUACAACAGGAACUUCACCGGCCGUAACGACGCCAACCCCGCCACACACUGCUUCGUCACCAGCCCCGAGCUCGUCACUGCUCUGUCUCUUGCUGGUCGCCUGGACUUCAACCCUCUGACGGACUCUCUGACGGGCAGUGACGGCAAGAAGUUCAAACUGUCUGACCCCUUCGCGGACGAGCUCCCCGCUCGCGGUUUCGAUCCCGGCCAGGACACGUACCAGCACCCACCCAGUGACGGCAGCAAUAAGACAUGCGGCAAUGUAGCUAUAAUUUUAUCUUUAUCGCCACACAGAGGUACAAGUAGACGUGGCCCCACGUCGGACCGCCUGCAACUACUGGCGCCCUUCGACAAGUGGGACGGCAAGGACCUCACCGAGAUGACAAUCCUCAUCAAGGUGAAGGGCAAGUGCACCACCGACCACAUCUCCGCCGCCGGACCCUGGCUCAAGUACAGAGGACAUCUCGACAACAUCUCCAACAACAUGUUCAUUACCGCCACAAACGCUGAGAACGGUGAGCUGAACAAGGUCCGCAACCAGAAGACAGGCGAGUGGGGCGCAGUGCCCGCCACGGCGCGCGCGUACAAGGCGGCCGGCAUCAAGUGGGUCGUCGUCGGAGACGAGAACUACGGCGAGGGCUCCUCCCGCGAGCACGCCGCGCUCGAACCCAGGCACCUCGGUGGCAGGGCCAUCAUUGUCAAGUCAUUCGCUAGGAUUCACGAGACCAACUUGAAGAAGCAGGGUCUAUUGCCGCUGACAUUUGCCAACCCCGCCGACUACGACAAGAUCCAGCCCACCGACAAAAUCUCGCUGCUUGGACUCAAGGACCUCGCACCUGGCAAGCCCGUCGAUUGCGAGAUCAAGCACCAAGAUGGCAAGACAGAACGCAUCAAGCUCAACCACUCACUGAACGAACAGCAGAUCGACUGGUUCAAGGCCGGCUCUGCACUCAACAGGAUGAAGGAAAUCGCUUCCAAGUGAACGCGCUCGCUCCCAAUUUUAUAAAUAAUAUCUUGCACUGGACGCCCGAACUCAAAAGUAGGGUAAUUUUAGAAGUGUAGUACCAUUCAAAAUUAAAAACAUCACGUGCUGCGUUUGUAUGUCGCUGGUGGACAUAUCACCAACGCGUGUCGACCGCGUUUCUUAAAUACAAAUGUGCCACCAAAUAUCGAUAUCGGAAUAUCAAAGUUAUCGACAUCGAUUUUAGUAUUAUAUCGCCGGUCGAAUAAAGUUAGGUAAUUGUAUUCAGUAGGCUUUGUUUGCCAUGAACAUCAAUUUAGUAUGUAUUUCUAUGUAUAAGCUUUAAUUAUGUCAAGAACAUUAUGAAGUAUCAAUUAUUACUAACUACUGAGUAUUAACAUAAAAUGAGUGGAAUGAAAUCAAACUAUAUAGCUA